UACUCUUUUCAAAUCCAAAAUCGAUCAUGUCACCUCCCACCAAAGAACAACUAUACACUUUCCAUGCCCAAGACAGGAAAAUAUUCUCAAAACUUGUCCUAAGAUUCUCAAGGACCCCAGCUGAAUCACUUCUUGUCAUGGCUACAUGGUUUUGGCUUGAAGACUUCUUUUCCCAAAACAUCAUAUCAACCAUGUUGGCUUUCAGCGAUCCAGUCAUCGUGGCUUUAGCUAAUGAGGCUGUCUUGUGUUUUCAAUGUCUCGAUUUUGCUCAGCAGCCAAAUGAUUUCAGUCAAAUCCCUCUCACCGCAGAAGUCAUGACAAAAGAUAUUUCUCUUCAAAUAAUCUACAAACACCGAUAUAGUGCUAUCACAGGUAUUAAAAACUUUUUAACAACAGUUUGUUCUAGAGUGUUUUCUGACAUCCUCCAACAAGUUCUCCCAUCUUCUUCAUCGUAUUCAUUUAUCACCAAACUUCGCCAUCCUCUUAUCAUCCCUGGAUUUCCCCAUCCAACGUUUGGAAGCAUCAAUGUAAUGCCCGAUAUCGAUGUCUACAACAACCAUUUAUCACUAUGCUCACAUGGGUUAUGGGGUUGGAAUGCUAAUUGCAUUGCAACCGAGAACGAAAGAACUAUGUUUAUAACAUUUUCUCGUGGGUUCCCUGUAUCACAAGAAGAGGUGAAACAUUUUUUCACCAAAAAUUAUGGAGAAAAUUGUGUUGAAGGCGUUUACAUGAACUACGACAAGGGAAACUCUACUAAUGCGAAUGGGGAUAACUAUGGUCAACAACAACCUCUAUAUGCAAGGCUGGUCUUGGAUUCAGUUGCAACUGUGGAUCGCAUACUCGGCGGCGAAAAGAUACAAAAGUUUAAGUCUAAUGGAAAACAUAUCUGGGCUCGUAAGUUUAACCCAACUAAAGAUGGUUAAACCUAAACCAAAUUGAAUUGAUCGGUUUUUUUUUAUUUUUGUUAUUUCUCAAGUUUUCAUAUUUUGCUAUAUGUUGCAAUUCAGUAACUAGAAAACAUAUGUAAUACCCAAAAGACAAUUUGGGCUUCAUCAACUUGAAUAAAAUAUGUUUUCAUAUGAUUAAA